AUGGAUACACACAACUAUUCCAUAGACAAAACACUUCCAGUAGAUUGGCCAGAGGAUGUAACUUUUUUAAAACACAAUAGAUUGGCCUCUGAGAUUCCAGAACAUAUUCAAACCCUAUACGGUCUUGUAAACCAUCCGACUUGUCCUACAUUGCUUCCACAACCCAAAACACCAAUCCCCUCAUUACUCGAGACCAUGGAUGAACUAGAGAUCCAGUCGCCCAUAGUCUGUGACACUGUAUCAAUCCAAAAGAUUGCAAACAGCAGUCAUCCAGCACACGGCGAGUAUGGUUUAUUCGCUGUAAAGGAUGUUCCACCACAUGCUUACAUUCUUGACUAUCGUGGAACAAUACAACUCGACGACCUGAUUGAUCACAACAGCGACUAUUGUAUACAUUUUCAUGGUACUCUGUCGAUUGAUGCAGCAGUUGCAGGAAAUGAGGCACGAUUUAUAAACGACUUUAGACGAGUGAAUGAGAGGCCUAACGUGGCUUUUGAUGUGUAUCGGGAUCGCUUGACUGGGGAAUGCAGAGUGGGAGUGUUUACAUUGAACCAAAUAAUUCAGGCUGGCCAAGAGCUACUUGUAACAUAUGGCAAGAGUUUCUGGAAAUCCCGGAAUGUCGUUUCGAAUGAACCCAACUGGGACCCUUCAUGGGACGACUAA